AUGAAGCAAGUUGAAGAUAAACUGCUUAGGAAAAGCAGUAAGGAGCAGGACCGAGUCAAUUCUGCAGUUCAGUCUAUGAGGGAUGAACUGGAGAACGAGAGAAAGUUGAGGAAACACUCAGAAAGCCUGCACCGCAAGUUAGCUCGCGAACUUUCUGAGGUUCUAUUUGAUGCACCAUCCAGACUCACUGAGUCACGUGACCAGUCAGAAAAGCACCUGGAAUUCCCAAUGGCUCCACUCGGAACUUGGACUUGUUGUGAUGGAUUAUUUUUUGCUGUGAAGGAGGUUUCAUUGCUUGAUAAAGGGAAGUGGGGCAAACAAGGCAUUUAUCAACUUGAACAAGAGAUUUCUCUUUUAAGUCAGUUGGAACAUGAGAACAUAGUUCGGUAUUAUGGCACAGACAAGGAUGACUCUAAACUUUAUAUCUUCCUUGAGCUUAUGACGAAAGGUUCACUUUCAAGUUUAUAUCAAAAGUAUCAUUUGCAAGAAAGACAAGUUUCGGCCUACACAAAGCAAAUUUUAAAUGGUUUGAAAUAUCUACAUGAGAAAAAUGUAGUUCACAGGUGAUACAAAUGAUCUUACUGCUUAAUUAUUUGGUCAUAUUUAUCUUUUCAUUUAUCUAUAUAUUUAUUUCUGUUUUCUUGUUUUCUCAACAUUUCUUUUUGAUGUAUUGCUUUGAACAUGUUUUGAUUAUUUCCAUUCUCUUGCCUUAGCCACCAAGAUGUUGAAUUAAUAUGCAUGAACUACAUAAUACCUGGAUGCACAACUUGCUUACUUAGAGAAAAU